UUUAAACGAAAUGUAAAUACGAUACUAAACUUUUUUUUAUCGCCAACUGAAAAUUAUAAAAGUGCAAUCGGUUCUUUGUUGAAAUUAGUGUAUUAACAAGAUGUUUAAAUUAAGUUUGGCGGUACUUCUGGUAGUACUGUUCGAUAUUAUAAACGGUUACACCUUUAGAAAGGGUUUUGAAGGUAGUUACAGUACAGGUAAUGAUGUUCGGAAUCGUUAUUUGGGAUUCAGAGCUGGCGAUGUAGAGAAGAAAUGCGUUUGUAUGAAUUGGAGGGCAUGCCAAGGUACCAUUGAUUCGUAUCCAUCUGAACCAUGUAGACCCAGUUACGCGUUUGUCUGUUGCAUACAACCGGAUCCAGAACCGAAUCCAGGCGGACACAUUGACAAUUACGACUGUCAAGAAGACCAACUCACAGAAUUAGAAAUACCCGGCUUAGAAUUAAUUCCAAAUCCAAAUACAUGCGAUUAAAAUCAUUUGUAUACAUUAAUAUUAAAAAUAAAUAAUCCCCAAUA